AUGAACAAUGACAGCGAAUGGCUGUCGUCGACGCCGACGGCGCCCGCCAUGCCAACGCGGUCGUUUACGGAGAUGGUAAGGGCUGAUAGGUGAUAAAAAAAGCUAGUUGGUACAAGAUAGCAUAAAAAAAUUUUCAAAAAAAAAUUUUUUUUAAAUUUUAAUUAAUUUCAUUUUUUGUUAAAGCAAAAAUUUUGAAAGUACCUAAAAAUUUGAUUUUUUGAGUUUUCAAGUACAAUACGUUAUGGUAGAUUAUAAUUUUCUUUGUUUCCAGCUAGAAAUAAUCAUCUACACAGUAUGCCUGUUGAUCGGUGGCCCACUAAACGCCGUCUCCUUUUACCGGCUCCUCAAAAACAUGAAGAAAACGAAGAACUCGGCGACCGCGGCACGCUCCGCCGCGCAGAUCACGCUGUUGAGGCUGAAUUUGAACAUCGCGGACUUGCUGACAAUGUUCGUUUACACCACCUCACAAAUCAUUUGGAUGGUCACAUAUCAAGUAGGGAAACUUUUUAUUAAUAAGUUUGUAUAAUAAAUCUCGAAAAAAUUAAAAUUUUUUUUGAUUAUUUGAGGUAAAAUAGCAGCUAAAAGACUUUGAGGAUCUCAUAUAUCUUUUAAAAUAUCAUGUAGUAAAUUUUCGUCAUGUUUUUCCAGCUGUUUUAUAAAAAUUUUUUAUUUUUUCAGUGGUACGGCGGCGACUUUCUCUGCCGUCUCUGCAAAUUCUUCCACACCUUCGGGUUCUACCUAAAUUCGUUCGUUGUUGCCUGCAUUGCCAUUGAUCGAGUUUUUGGCACCUACAAUUUGAGGUGAGUUAUAAAAAAAAUCAAAAAUAAAUUUUUAUUAUCAAAAAAAAAUAUUUUCUUUUUUAGUACACUAAAAGCCUCUCGCCGCUCGUAUAUGCGAUGUUGGAAGAUGCUGGUGGUGGCCUGGGUGUUCGCAUUCUUCCUCAGUGUCCCACAGUCGUUCGUCUUCCGAGUUUUCGAGCCUCCGGGCAUGGGGAAUUUCAAGUAAGUCAAAGAAUAAUUUUUUGAAAAUUUUAUUUAAAAAAAUUACUAUUUUUUAACUUUUGAAUCUUUCAUUUCCUUUUUGUUUUUUGGCGAAUGCCUCUAGGCAUUAAGAAUUUUUAUCAAGAGAGGAACAAAAAAUAAAAAUAAAAAUUUUUGAAUUCUAAUAUUUUCGCAUUUUUUCCACCAAAAUUCACAGCCAUGUUCCCGUGUAACACUGUGGGAGUCUCUGUAGAUUAUCCCUUUGCGAAUGCCCAAUGUCUCGAAGGGAAUCGGCCCUGAGGGGAUUAUUGUUUAUAAGGAAACGGGACAUCAUUUUGGAAUUCGUUUCUUUAAUCCCUGAAAUAUUUAAUUCGAAAUAAAUUUUUGAGAGAAAAUGAUGUCUGAAAAAUCAGAGAACUUACUUUAAUUGAUAAAAAUAAAAAUAAAUAUUUUUUUAAUUAUAAAAAUGAAUUUCAAUUUUUUUUAAUUUUUUUAUAUUUUAAAAAUAAAAAAAAUAUUUUUUAAAUAAUAAAAAUUAUUUUUUUAAUAAUAAAAAUUAAUUUCAAUUUUUUAUAUAUUUUUUACAUUUUAAAUAUAAAAUUUUUUUAUUUUUUUAAUAAUGCAAAUUAAUUGUAUUUUUUUAUAAUUUUUUUACAUUUUAAAAAUAAAAAAAAAUUUUUGCCAAAAUUUUCCUCGUUGAGUUAGCAGUUUUUUUCAUUUUUGCUCAUUCCCCUCGAGCCUUUGCAUAAAUUAAUAUAUAAUUAAGAACAGUGGGAACGGCUCCCAAAAAAGAAAUGAAAAUUGUGUUGCAAAACUAUUAGCAUUCUCCAAUAAUACGCCAAAACACUUCGCCAAAGAUGUCUGGCCUACGGUAAAUGCGAAGAAAAAAAUUGGGAAAAUUUUAGAAAAAUGAAAAAAAAAAUAAAAAUUGAGAUUUUUUUUGUGAUUUUGGCAUAGUAAAAAACAAAAAUUUUUAAGUUUUUUCAAUAUUAAAAAAAAUAAAAAAUAAAGAAAAUAAAUUCUCGUUUUAGACAGUGCACCCCGGUGUGGACGAUAAUCAGCUACGAAAUCGACAUCCAAAUCAGCACGCAAAAGCUGACGCCAAUCGAAAACAAAGACCUCAUUGAGCGAUUCCAUCAGGUGCUUCGUUGGGAACGCAUCUACAACAUUGCGCAUUUGUUGUUCGUGUUUUGGGUACCCGCCUUAAUCAUUGUUGCCUCGUAUGCGUUGGUGCUUUGCCUGCUGAAUCAGUUUACGCCGAAGAGUGUGGGAGGUAUGCUUCGACAUGGUACUGUUUGGGAUUUUUUGGGAUUAAUUUUUGAAAUUUUGAAAAAAAAUAAAAAAAAAAUUUUUGAAAUUAAAAAAAAAAUUUUUUUUAAUAAAAAAAAUUUUAUUUUGAUGACAUUUAAAUUCAAUUUUGCAAAAAAAAAUUUUUUUGAUGACAUAAUCAAACAUCUAAUUAUCGAAUUUUUAUGUCAUAAUGACCAAUUUUUUGGAUUUUUUUAAGAAAAAUUAAUUUGUCACCAUUUUUUUGAAAAUUUUUCUUAUUUUUGCAAAUUUUACCCUUUCAAUUUUUCAGAAUCCACCUGGAAAUCCAGCCUAAUGGAGUGCCUUUUCACCAGCGGACGCUACAAAAAGCCCUCCAGUCCCACCAAUUCCUACGAUUGUGAGGCCAAGACUCCCACUACCACACCCCGUCCCUCCGUGGCGGAGGUACCCCCAUCUCUGGUGGUAUCGCUACGACAAGAGCCGGACGCCACCACGAACUGUUUGAAUGUGGAGAAGAAGAAGAGUUUGUCCAGCUAUCGAGACCGCUCAAUGUCGGGGAGCUCGCUGAAACUGGAAAAUGGAAGCAAUGGAACUCAUCGGAGUUCAAUUGCGACGCCAAGAAUGGUCGGGCAAUUCGCACUGCAGACAAUUACAUUGGCCAGACAGGUGAGGAAGGGGUUCGAAAAGUCAUCAAAAAGAAUUUUAAAAUUGGUUUUUGAUGCCAAAAAAACCAAAAUUAUUGCAACAUCGAUUUUGAUUUACAAGCCAAAAAUCGAAAACAAUAUCAAUUUUCUUUAAAUUUUGCGCACACGUCGGGGAUAGACUAAAUAUCAAUUCCUAACAGUUUUAGCUUGCGCUUUGCAAGCGCCACCGAAAUAUUCAACAACUUUUGCCGCCGAGAGAGAACGCUAAACGUGGAGAGCGGUCAGAGAGGUCAGAGAGAGAAAAACGGUUUUUGGCCAUAAGUUUGCUAGUUUCGUGCGGAAAAAAUUUAUUUUUCGUGGAAAUAUUACCCUCUACUACAGAAAUAGGCAUGAAACUUUUCGUGCCGAAAUUCGGCAAAAAAUGUCAAAUUUUCGCCAACUUUCGAUCUAAAAAUCGUGGUUGUUUCUGCAAAGCGCGAGCUAGGAUUCUCGCAUAUAUUUGAGAAAAAAUUAUUCUAAAUUUGCGCUAAGUUUCAUUAAAAUCUGAGAGUCGUAUUUGCGGUACUUCUCCUGUAAAUUCGAAUUUUAUUUCACUUUUAAACUCCCACGUUUUGAACUGUCUUGUAAAUCUCAAACUGUAUUUUGAUUCUGACCUAAAAAUUAUAUUUUUCAAUUUAUUUUUCCCUUUUUUUGAAAAUCCAAAAAUUAAAGAAAGUAAUUGCCUUCAAUUUUUCAGCGCGCCAAACGUCAAGCCGCCUUCAUUAUCGUGGCCUACCUGACCUUCUGGACGCCCUACAAUCUUCUGGCCGUCAUGAACACUCUAGCCCCAUCCGAGGGCACCCUCAAACAAGUGGCUUCAGUUACGCUGCCUUUCCUCAACUCGUUGAUCGUUGUUAAUCCCAUUGUCAAUCCUCUCAUCUACGGGCUUUUCGAUAAGAAGCGGUGA